GAUAUUUAUAGCGGGAGCAGCGGGCCGGGAUCCCGGCCCCGGCAGCAGCGGGCCAGGCGCUGAGGUGAGCGGAGCUCGGGGGCUGCGAGCGGGCGAUUCCAGCAGGACGCGGCCCCUCCAUCCGCACGGGCCGGAGGUGCCCCAGGGCCCGGGCAGGGCUGGGCCCCGCGGGCAGCCCCGGGCAGCCGCGUCCCGGCAGCGGAGCGGCCCCGAGCCGGCUCCGGCCGAGCGGGGCCGCCGCUCCGGCAGCCGCUGCCCUCGGCGCCGCCGCUGACACCCUCCGUGCCUGCGCUGCCGGCAGCUGCCCCUGCACAGCCCUCGCCUCCCCGCUGCGCUCUGCCCUGCGCUCAGCCAGCCCGGCGGAGCCCGCACGGCCCCACCCAAACACCCCGAGAUGGCACAAGGCGGGCGCGACCCCCGGCCCGGGGACCUGAUCGAGAUCGACCGGCCAGGUUACCAGCACUGGGCCCUCUACGUGGGGCGUGGAUAUGUCAUCCACGUGACAGAUGAAGGAGCCACAUCCCUUACGCUUAGCAGCUCUUCCAUACGCGCCACAACAGCCAAGGUGAAGAAGCAGCUCCUGAAGGAGGUCGUGGGAAAUGAUGAAUGGCGUGUGAACAACAAGUAUGACCGCUACUACACUCCUUUCGCUGUGGAGAAGAUCAUCCGGCGUGCUAAGCAAUGGAUUGGUAGGGAGGUGCCAUAUGAUGUGCUUAACAGAAACUGUGAGCACUUUGUGACAGAGCUCCGCUAUGGAGUAGGAGUCUCUGAGCAGGUCCACAAAGCAGCUGCUGGCAGUGCUGCAGCUGCAGCAGCUGGUGUUGCUGGUCUUGGUGGUGCUCUCACUGUUGCUGAGUUUGCUGGUGCUGCUGGUAUUGCUGGUGCGGCCGGUGUUGCUGGUGCCGCUGCUGCUGCUCUCGCAAUGGCAUUGUACGCCAGCGCCUCCAGCCGAUAGUGCUACUGAUGGGCCGUCAGGAAGAGCUCAGUGCAAGGCAGGGGCAUCUCCUGGAUACUGCGGUCAAGGUCAGCUUUUGCUGCCCAUGCCAUCAAGGCUUCCUAGGAAUUGUGCCACCCGUGCUGUAAGCUUUAAAUAAGCCUUAAUUAAACAUCUGAAAUCCAAA